AUGCCGCGGAGAACCAGACCAGGCAAGAGACCGCAUAAGCACCGCCAAGAAAACUUUGAGCCGACUCUCAUCCUCGCCGAGAGCCACGCUGUCGACGAAACGCACCAUCAACACCGGUCACGAAAAGACAGAAAACCAGCCAGGGGAUGCCGGAGCUCGUCCGUACCGUACAAGCCCUCGAGAAAGCAACGCCACGACAGGCACACUCGCCGCACCGUCAUUGAGAUGAAUACGGACGGCGACUUCACCGUGCUGCCCACACCCCCAGCCUCACCAAAGACUCCACCACUCACUUGCACAACCGCCCACAUAGACAGCAUCAAAAAUACGGGCGUCGCCAUCAGCCGCGACAGAUGCUCCAACCCAGAGAGGUGCGUCCCUCUAAGGUCUUCAAUAGUCUUUCCCGGAGGUUCCUCCACGUCAGCCCAGCUGUCUCCCCGCGACACGACUUUGAAGAAUUUCCGAUUCCGACAUUAUCUACUUUCUAUGCUUGACCAGCAGCGUGCCGCCGUUGAGUUGUGGGCCGAUAGUGUUGGUGCUGGAGGGCCCGCGGAGCCGAUGGACUGGCAGCCAGAGCAGGAGCGGGUCGUCUAUAUUGUGCGGGAUCCCGUGGAGUACGGGUGUUAUGAGGAUCGGUGGAGAAUGGAUCGUGUGUUGCAGGAGGGACGGCGGCAACAGCAGAGCGUGUUGGCAACGGCAGCCAUGUCGACGCCGGUCACGGUGCAUCCUGAGCUGGGGUUAUGGGCCGGCGGCGGUACGCGUCUUGGUGGACCGACAGUGCCGGCAGUGCCGGCAGUGUGGGGAGAUUCCGCAACUGAGUUAGGCCUUCUCGACAAGAUUGAGUGA